GAUGACAAGGAGUUGCUCGAGAGCAGCCACCUGUCCUUUGUGUAUGAAGACAGCGAGUGUUCACUGGUCAUUCUCAACACGGCCCCUGCGGACAGUGGCGUCUACACGUGUACAGCCCGCAACCUGGCCGGAGACGUGUCCUGCAAAGCCGAACUCACCGUGGUCAAGGGAAAGGCGGAGAGUGAAGAGACGAUGGAUGAUGAGGAUACCAUCUUACGGAAGAUGAGGCUGUUGACUGAUUACUACGACAUUCACCAUGAGAUCGGCCGUGGCGCCUUUGCCUGCGUGAAGCAGGUGACGGAGAAGAGCAGCACCGUGGACUACGCGGCCAAGCUGAUCUCAUUCCGCGCCACGCCCCGCGACCAGGCGGUCCGCGAGCUCCACAUCCUGUCCCAGCUGGACCACGAGCGGGUGGUCUACUUCCACGACGCCUUCGAGAAGAAGAACACCCUGACCAUCGUCAUGGAGCUAUGUCCCCAGGAGGAACUGUUCGAUCGUCUGAUCAAGAAGCCCGCUGUGCUGGAAACCGAGGUGAGGUACUACGUCCAGCAGAUCCUGGAAGGCAUCAGGUACCUGCACCAGAACAACAUCCUGCACCUGGACAUCAAGCCUGACAACAUCCUCGUGGCCCACCCUGGCAGUGACAGUCUCCGCAUCUGUGAUUUUGGCAACGCCCUGGAGCUCACCCCCGACACACCGCAGUACAGCCGGCUGGGGACCCCCGAGUACGUGGCCCCCGAGAUCAUCGCCCAGACCCCCGUCUCCACCGCUACAGACGUCUGGCCGGUGGGAGUCAUUGCUUACAUCGGGUUGACGGGAGUGUCGCCGUUCUCCGGAGAGAACGACAGGUCCACGCUGCUCAACGUGAAGAACUACAACGUGGCCUUCGAGGAGAAGAUGUUCGCCGACCUCAGCCGUGAAUCGAAGGGCUUCGUCACCAGCCUGUUGGUGGAGGACAAGCACCGCCCGUCUGCCGAGGACUGUCUGCACCACGUCUGGUUCUUGAGCGUCGACACAGUGAAGGGGAAGAUGAUCAACACCGACCCGCUGAAGUCUCUCGUCUCACGGAGAAAAUGGCAGCGCUCGCUCAUCAGCUACAAGUCCUCCAUGGUGGUGAGGUCCAUCCCUGAGGUGCUGGCCGACGCCUCGGGCCCGCCGAGCCUGGGCCUACCCCGCCAACUGCGAGACCCCCGCCUGUCCUCCUCCUCGGACUCCGACGAGAUCGACGAGUUGCCGCUGCUGCCGAUGCCGCCGCCAACGCCGCCGGAGUUCCGCGCGUCCCGUCUCCCCCUCCACCACCUGCGGGGACAGGCCCUGGCUGAGGCCCAGGCCCAGACCCAGGCCCAGACCCAGGCCCGGGCCCAGGAGGAGCAGGAACGGGCAGGGCCGGAGGGCGUGCCUGCAGGGGACCAGGGGCCUACUCAGGCCCCGAGUGAAGGUGGGACGGAGACGGAGAUGGUCCCACAGGCUCCCCACAGGCCCGGCCCCAAGGCCCCGGCCAGGAAAAGGCCUCCCGAGGCCGAGCCCAGUGAUUCAUCGGACGAGGAGGCCCCACCGGCCGCAAGGGGCCACAGUUCGGAGGCUGCGGAUUGGCCCCCGGCCCAGCGCCAUUCCUCGGCCUCUCGGCGGAGGGGGGAGUUCCGCCGGGGGAGCUCGGCCGACUCGGCCCUGGCCUUGCUGGGGGCGGGGGAGAGCCUGGGGCUGGAGGCCGGGACUGGGGCCCAGCUCUCCCCGGCGGGAGGAGGCCUGAAGAAAUCGGUGUCGAUGGAGCUCCCCCGACGCAGCCCCAGUCCCAGCCCCCGCAGGCCGGAGGAGGGGCCGGGGGGGAGACGCCGGGCCGGCCCAGCCUCCGAGGACUACAGCCUGAAGCUGGAGUUGCUACGGCAACGGCUGCUGAGGGGCGGCUCGGUGGACAACAAGAUGAGCGGCCUGCGGGGCCCUCUCCUGGAGCGUCUGGGCCUGCCCGACGGCGAGCCCCAGCACCUGGGCCCGUUGCCAUUCGAGCGGCAGGCUCUGAGGCCUCCUAGGCCCGACAAGCAGUCCCGCCUGGCCCGCGCUGCCUCCAGUGACAGCGCCCCCACGCAGGACGAGCCCGAGCGCCGGGCGCUGCGCAAGACGGCCUCCUUCUCGCAGGCCGAGCCCCCCACCCUGCACCGCAGGCUCGGGGCCCCCCUGGAGAUCCCGCUGCAGCCCGCCAGCCCUCGGGCCCCCAGCCCUGAGCAGUUCCCCCUGAAGGAGUCCCCGUCCCUCUCGGCCCUGACCGACCCCCACUCCAGGCCCGUCACCCCGGUCAGGGCGAGCAGGCCACAGGAGGCCCGGCCCCUCACCCCUCACAUACUUGUGGUCCCCGCCCCAGAGGAGGCCGACGGGCCUUGCACCAGGGUCAUGAUCGGCAGGACGGCUGUCGUCACCCAUAGCAACCUGACCUCUGACCCCAAACCCGAGCCUCCCUCAAUCACGGCCAGGACUGACCCAAUUUUAGAACUGACUAGGCCCAAGCCUAAUGUAGACCAGGCCAGGUCUCCGCCGACUGUAGAACUGACAAGGCCGAAGCCUAUAUUAGGCCAGGCCAGGCCUGACCCAACUUUACAUCUGACUAGGCCCAAGCCUAUGUUAGGCCAGGCUAAACCCCAGCCCACCGUAGACCAGGCCAGGCUCAAAACUACUUUAGAACUAGCCAGGCCUGACCCAACUUUAGAUCUAACUAGGCCCAAGCCUAUGUUAGGCCAGGCCAGGCCCGAGCACACUUCAGGCCAAACCAGGCCCCAACGCCCUUUAGACCUGUCCAGGCCCCAGCUCACUGUGGAACUGACUAGGCCGAAGCCUACUGCAGGCCAGGCCAGGUCCCAGCCCAUUGUAGAACUGAUGAGGCCGAAGCCUAUAUUAGGCCUGGCCACGCCCGACCCGACUCUAGACCUGACUCGGCCCAAGCCUAUGUUAGGCCAGGCUAAACCCCAACCCACCGUAGACCAGGCCAGGCUCAAAACUACUUUAGAACAGGCCAGGCCUGACCCAACUUUAGUCCUGACUAGGCCCCAGCUCAGUGUAGACCAGGCCGGGCCCCAGCCUACUUUACACCAGACAGGGCUGGAGCCACCCUUGCCCCUCCCCGCCACUGAGGGGCCGGCCACUGAGGGGCCGAGGAUCGAGGUCUCGGGCUCCAGGCCGGUCCCCAAGCCGGCAGAACCCCCUGGGUCUCUCCCCCUGCGGGAGGGCAGGUCUCCAGCGACUGUCCAGCAAGUAGGCCCGGUCCCCCCAUGCGAGCCGGCCACCAUCACUCCCCCUCCAGGCUUCAGGUCGACGGAUGGAGAGGAGGAGAAGGAGGGGCUGCAGGCGAGGCUAGGCCCGGAAGCCUGGGAGUCCGGGGCCCGGGUGCCUCCGGUGAAGGAGAAGGCCUCGAGCGUGGCCCAGUGCCUCAACAUCGACAACAUGGAGUCGGAGGAGGUGUUCGAGGCGAGGUUUAAGAGGAGCAAAGAGUCCUCGCUCAGUCGGAGCCUGAAGCAGCUGAUUAGGCCGAGAUCCGAGGAGAAGAUGGAGCAGGCGGCGCGCCCCGGGGAACUCCGCUACCGUCCCGGGGCCACGGGGCAGCCCCUGCAGCUCCCAAAGGCCCAGGACGCGACCACCACCAACCACCAGCAGGCCGCCUCCAGGUCCCGGUCCGAGCAGAACAUUCCGGAAGCCUCCAAGGACCAUGGCUUCAUGCGCAAGCUGUCGCUGAGACUGAAGGGCGGUCCGGCGGACGAGGGGAAGGAGGAGGAGGAGGAGGCCGGAGGGCCCUCGAAGAAGAAGGGGCCCAAGAGCUCGCCGGGCCUGACGGUGCGGAGAAAAAUCGAGUCCACCAUCUCGGGCAUCUCCCUGCGUUUCGGACGGAGCCAGUCGGAGGAGAGGGUGCAGGAGACCCCCGCCGGGCAGAGCCCCGGGCCCACCCAGCGCGAGGCCAAGGAGAGCAAGAGGCCCUUCCUCUCCCUGCUCAGGCGAUCCACCUCCGAGGCGGGAUCCCUGAAGAGAGUGGGCAUCCCUCAGAACCAACUGGCCACUCAAACACGCUCCACCCCAUCCACGGAGUCCCUGCAGUCCGACACCAGCCUGCCCACCAAGCAGGACAGAGGGUCGGUGCAGGGGGAAAGGAAGUCACGUUGGGAUCGCUGGGGAUUCUCACGGAUGAAGAGGGACAAGGCCAUCUCUCAGCCCAACAUCUCACUGGCCGUGGCUGCGGAGGAGAGCAGCGCUCCGUACCAUCGCAGCGCCUCAGAUUUCCCACCAGUUUUCCAUGUGAAGUUGAAAGACCAGUCGCUGCUGGAGGGGGAACCCCUCACACUCUGCAGUCUCCCCGCUGGCAGCCCCACCCCCACCGUCACAUGGAUCAAAGACGAUUGCCCAGUGGCAUCUGAUGAGCGUGUCAUGGUGGUUGCGUGUGCGGACGGGCGGCAGCUGGUCACGCUACUGAAGACCACGCGUGCAGACGUGGGCGUGUACGUGUGUACGGCGGCCAACCCCCUGGGCACCGCCUCCAGCACAUGCUCCGUCUCCCUGGCGCGGCUUCCCGGACCGCCCGGAGCGCCGGAGAUCCCGCAGACGUACAAGAACACGGCACUGGUGUUGUGGAAGGCUGCUGACACACCUGGACCAUGCACCUACACGCUAGAAUAUCAACGCACAGGUGAUGGGAGCUGGAUAGUUCUGGGCUCCGGAAUCACCGACUGUUUCUACAAUGCCACUGAGCUGAUGGAGGGGUCUCUCAGUUUCCGGGUCGCCUGUGUCAACAAGGCCGGGCUGGGCCCCUACAGCCGAAACUCAGGCCCCAUCCACAUCGAGGGCGACCCACCUGCCCAGAGAGUGUCGGAGUCAUCGCCUCCAACGGCCAUCUCACCCGUCCCUGUCUACGCUGCUAAAGUCACGUCGGUGGCGAUAUCUCCACCAGUGGCCCCCACCCGCAGACCACCCACCGCAGUGACCAUCCCCCCAGCACCAUCCCACUACUCCUCCAGUUUAUCGACGGCAGUGACCGCCAUCACGGCCAAGCCUGGAGUCUCCCCGGCCUCGGCACCCAUGGGUGGCCCCAGCCCGGCCAAGCCCAGCCUCUACCCGGCCCCGGCACCCAAGGGUGGCCCCAUCCCCUCUCCCAGUCUCUCCCCGGCAAGGCCCGGGCCGUCGGUGACACCCAGCAGGUUGUCGCCCACAUCGAAGGUGGCGGAUGCGUCGGGCACCGGAUUACGGCACGGAAUUCCCCAGAAACCCUACACCUUCAUGGAGGAGAAGGCCAGGGGCCGGUUCGGCGUGGUGCGGGAGUGUAAGGAGAACUCGACAGGCAAGGUGUUCAUGGCCAAGAUCGUCCACUACGAGGGGGAGAACAAGCAGUCGGUGUUGCAGGAAUACGAGGUGUUGAAGGCUCUGCACCACGACAAGGUGAUGUGUCUACACGAGGCCUACGUCACGCCCAGAUACCUGGUGCUCAUCUCCGAGAACUGCCGCGGCAAGGAGAUCCUCUACAGCCUCAUCGACAGGUUCCGUUACUCUGAAGAUGACGUUGUGUGUUACGUGCAGCAGAUGCUGCAGGGCCUGGACUACCUGCACGGCCGCCACAUUGUCCACCUGGACGUCAAGCCGGACAACGUGAUGGUCACCUACCUCAACGUGGUCAAGCUGGUCGACUUCGGCAGCGCGCACUUCUUCAACCCCACCGUGCCGCGAUGCCUAGCCCAGCGCGCCGGGACACACGAGUACAUGUCUCCAGAAAUGGUGAUGGGCGACCCCAUUGGGCCACCAGCUGACAUCUGGGGCCUAGGCGUGCUGACGUACAUCAUGCUGAGUGGACGUUCCCCAUUCUUGGCUCCGGAGCCGGACGAGACUGAGACCAGGAUAAAGUCGGCUCACUUUGACCUCACCAAGUGCUACCCCAACGCCUCACAGAAUGCCGCGCACUUCAUCAAACGGGUGCUCUGCAUGUUCCCAGCGUCCCGCCCCACGGUGCGUGAGUGCGUGUCCAACCCGUGGCUGCAGGACAACUACCUGAUGAAACUUCGCCGCCAGACGCUGACGUUCACCACCACACGGCUCAAGGAGUUCCUGGUUCACCACCAGCGCCGGCGCGGCGACACGCUGACCCGACACCGUGUCCUGCUGCGUACAUACAGCGCCACGCCCCCAGACCUCUCCCCCC